GGGAGAGAGAGCAUCAGUGUUAUUCUGCAUCACAGAGAGAGAGAGAGAGGCUCAUCACACACCACAACCAGCGGCUUGUUUUCAGGCCAUCAUGACUAAAGAGGAGAAUCUGGAGGUGCAGGAAAAGGAGAGGCACGACCGCGAAGAGCAGGAGGAAGGAAAGGUCAACAAAGAGGAAGAGGAGGAGGCGCUGACCGAGGAGGAGGAAGAGGAGGAAGAGGAGUAUGAGCUAGGAGAGCAGAGGGAGCUGGAGGAGAGGGCUGGGGUGGAUGAAGAGGAGGAGGAAGAGCCAGAGGAGAGAGAGGAGGAGAGAGAGGAGGAGGUUCCAGCUGGUGAUGAAGAGCGUGAAGUGGAGCCCGAGCCUCUGUCCGUGUCUCAGUUUCAGAGUCCGGUUCACGAGCCCCGCAGAAGACCCAUAGUGCAUCACUCCGCCCAGGCCCCGCUGCCCAAAGACUACAGCUUCACCUUCUUCGACCCGAACGACCCGGCCUGCCUGGAGAUCCUGAUGGAUCCUCAGACCUCCAUCCCUGAGCUGUUUGCCAUCGUGAGGCAGUGGGUUCCUCAAGUUCAGCACAAGAUCGACAUCAUCGGGAACGAGAUCCUGAAACGCGGUUGCCAUGUGAACGACCGAGACGGUUUGACGGACAUGACGCUGCUGCACUACAGCUGCAAGGCCGGGGCGCAUGGAGUCGGUGACCCCGCCGCAGCGCUGCGUCUCAGUGCUCAGCUGAUCUCUCUCGGUGCUGAUGUGAGUCUGAGGAGUCGUUGGACGAACAUGAACGCUCUGCACUACGCUGCGUACUUUGAUGUUCCAGAACUGAUCCGAGUGCUGCUGAAGGCCAGCAAGCCCAGAGUGCUGAACUCCACCUGUAACGACUUCCACUACGGCACGGCUCUGCACAUCGCCGCCUCCAACCUCUGCCUGGGAGCCGUGAAGUGUCUCCUGGAGCACGGAGCCAACCCCGUCCUCAGGAAUGAUAAGGGCCAGGUUCCCGGAGACGUGGUCCCCGACCCGGUGGACAUGAGUCUGGAUAAGGCCGAGGCGGCGAUGGUGGCUAAAGAUCUGAAGCAGAUCCUAUUGGACGCCGUGCCGCUGAGCUGCAACCUGCCCCGAGCCACGCUGCUCAACUACGACAACAUCCCCGGGAACCUGAUGCUCACCUCGCUGGGCCUGAAGCUGGGCGAGAGGGUGCUGCUGGAAGACAUGAAGCUCCAGAGAGACCUGAGCAGAGACGACAGCCCGGCGAAAAACCUCCGACAGGCCGGCACUCUGAGGUUCUGCGGCACCACAGAGUUCGCCAGCGGUCAGUGGGUCGGCGUGGAGCUGGACGAGCCGGAGGGGAAGAACGACGGCAGCGUAGGGGGCGUCAGAUACUUCAUCUGCCCUCCAAAACUAGGGAUUUUUGCCCCGGUGUCGAAGAUUUCCAAAGCCGUGGAUCCGGCCCCGUCCUCGGUCACCUCGACGCCCCGGACCCCCCGCAUGGACCUGACCUCCCGUCUGACCGGGAAGAUCAAGAAGGAGAAAGGGAAGAAGGACAAAGAGAGGCAGAAAGCCCAGAAGAAGAAGGCGUCGCUGGCCAGUCUGGACCCGGACGCUCUGAACGUGGAGGUGGGGGAUCAGGUUCUUGUUGCCGGGCAGAAACACGGCAUCGUUCGUUACUACGGGAAAACAGACUUCGCUCCAGGUUAUUGGUUCGGUGUCGAGUUGGAUCAGGCGACAGGAAAACACGACGGCUCGGUUUUUGGAGUCCGGUACUUCAGCUGCCUGCCGAAAUACGGAGUGUUUGCUCCACCAUCCCGCGUCCAGAGAAUCGGAGGUCCCAAAGAAGGCUCACAGAAUGAAAAGUCCACGGUGAAGAAAGUCCACCAAGUCACCAUGUCGCAGCCGAAGCGUAACUUCAACACGAUGCGAAAUCCUAAAGAUCUGACCUCCGAGAACUCAAUAUCCAGGUUGCUGUUCUGCUGUUGGUUUCCGUGGAUGCUUCGCACUGAGAUGCAGUCCUAACAACUUCCUCCGAUCGAUCUCUCUCCAUCUUCUUUGUGCUCUCCUCACUGUCAGUCCUCGUAGUGAAACCCUCUUUUCUCUCAGCCCUCUAAUUUAGCCGUUCUAUAGCAAAUCUAUAGUGCCUUGUAUCUGAUCAAAAUGUCCUUUGUUUCCCUCAAAGAAACUGAGCUAAAGCAACCCUAAAAUAUUCUCUUUACACACCUUUUCAUCCAGACUCAUGUCAUCGUUGUGUCUUUAUUUAAACACCAGUUUGCUCCAUUUGGGUCUCUCGCUUAAAAUUAGAAACCAAUGCAGAUGUGUUAACUUGUAGUUUUCUCAGCUUACAAAUAUAUGCAUUAAAGGUGGGGUAGGUAAUUCACUUCAGAAACACUUGUUGUUAUAUUCCAUGGAAUGCUCUUAACAUCCCGAUAGCAAUGAAUACAUUAAAUGCUUUGACAAUAAAUACAUAAAAACAUUUCAUCUGUGGAAGCCGUAGUACUGUAAAAAGCACGACCAAUCAUCUGAGCCGGCCCGGCUAAAGUAACUGGAUGGCCUACCUGCCUGUCAGCCUUCCAUCGGGGCACAAACUUAUCUCGUGCCCUCAUUGGUCAUGUGCGCGUUCGUGUGUGUUGGAGGGGCUCUGUAAGGAAGUCUGAAGGAAGGGGCAGAUUGUUUUCGGCUGCGUAUUUUCAAAUUCUAGCGCACUCCAGCUGGUUUCUCCAUUCUUACCUACCCUACCUUUAAUGUGUAUGCCAAACCAAAAGCCUGAAGAAGCUCGUUAGACACACAUUCAAUUAGCCAACUGAAAUUGUUUUCAGUGGUUAUCUUUAAGACAAUUUCCAAACAGUUUGAAAUGACUUCUGCCUUCGCUGCUGCUUCCUCACCUGAGACUUAGAACUCAAUCCUAAAAACGUAAUAAGUGUGUGUGAAGUGACUCUCCUCACCUGCAUGCUUUAGUCUCAGAUGUCAAACUGAAAACAGGGUUAAUCAAUUGCUGAAUUUAUCGUAGUGUUACAGUCAGUUAUUUUUGAUUUGUAUUUUUUCUUUUCUUCAUUAUUGAGCAGUUGUUCUUGGUCUCUAUAAACACGCUGCUCUGUAAUUAUCGUGGAUGCAGACAUGUUGUUCUCAGCAAGUCAAAUUUGAUGUAUCGUUCACGACAAAUUGGAAAAAACAUCGUACUGUUUCCAGAAAGCAUUUAGCUAAUUCAGUUGAAGUACUGUUGGCCUGUAAUUAUAAAUCAGUGUGUUGUGCAAUAGAAAUUAGUCAAUAGUUAGAGUUCAAAUCUUAAGACGAGCUGCAAUCAUAUUUUGUCGUUAACCAAAAGUGCUAACAAACCCAAACUUUCUUUGAUGCAAAUUUAAAAUCAAAAGUGUUUUUCGCCCCGCUACAUGUGAUAUUUAUGUUUUUGUGCCGGUGCCAUCACUCUAGCGUGUACAAAAUAAGCUUCUUUAAAAACACCUGUAUGGAGUUUAGUAUUUAUUUAGUGUCCUUUCAUCUCAUCCAUGUUGGGGUUUCAUUUCUAGAAAUCUGAACCCUCGAUAAACUCUCUUCACGACAUUUGAAAAAGUUUCCUCUCUGCUUCUAUCCCUCUUUUCUCCUCCCUCUGUCCUCAUUUAUAAAAAAAGACUUUGCUUCCUUUUGUGAACGUGAGCAUCUGUGCAAAAAGUGAAAAACACAAGUUAAUCUCAGUGUAUGUGCAUAACUGAAAACAGCAAUAUGUAAACAGUGUCUCUGUGGAAAUGUGUUGAUGUUAAUCUCUACACUCUGUAAGCACACAAAUACACGGAGAUAAUAAAUAAAAAACACGCUCACAUGCUCUGAUUGCCAGGACUGCAAAUAACAAAUGUUUUCACGCUGUUAAAAAAUAACCUAAAGAUUGUUUUUUUGCACAUUCAGACUUUUUUUGUUUCACUGUUUCUUGUAAUGAAAUACAGUUAACUUUAACACAAAACAAAUAAAGCUAAAAGUGGACAUCCAAAGCCAAAUCUAAACCUAUAAAUGAAGAACAUCUAUUGCAUCGUACAGGCAAUAUCCUGCGUUCACAUUAUUCAUAUAUUUCUGCAUUCUUCUAAAGUUUAUUGGGAAAACUAAAUUGAAUGAUAACCAAAAAUAUCAACAUUUUCCACAUUUGAAGUCAGAUUUAUUCUCCACUGUUUUCCAUUUUUCUGAAACCGUCCUUAAAGUGUUUGAAAGAUCGUUAAAGUCACUCUAUACGCAGACGACUCAACGCUUUACCGUCCCAAAUUCAUCUCCUUUCCCCAAUCCGAACCUGAACAAAAGAGCCUGAGGAACUAAAUAAUAAUAACACCACGUUUUAGUGUUUUUCUAAUCUCACGGUAAGGGAGGUGUUUUGCUGAAGCUGCAGGUGAACAUUAUAGACGUCAGUGGACACAGUGAUGGUUGUCUUUGUACAGUAAACGUACCGUAAAGUCAAUUUGUCUCCGUGCAGAACGUAGUGUUCUUACUGCUGUGUAAACGGCCACUAAGUGUCACUAUCAAGACACACAUGUCACACAACCUUUCCUCAUUAUUACACAAAGGGGAUGUCACAAAAACCAAUACUUAGUGGAUGCAAAUAUUACUGUGUCGUUAGACUUUCUGAUAAUUCAUUUUACAGACAAGGUUGUUAAAUUAGCCUGGCUCUUGUUCAUUUGUUUUUAGGAUAAGGCGUGUCCAAUUGCAUUUAAUACUAUAACAAGCUUUUUGGCAUCCCUUCAUUUCAUCGAAAGUAAACAUGUUUUUCGCUGAUAAUGCUACAUUGUGAACGACGCAUCUGCUAUCUGCUGGUUAACAUUAGCAGUUAGCUGUAAACAGUAAGCUGUAAGCAGUUAGCUGUUAGCUGUAAACAGUAAGCUGUAAGCAGGUAGCUGUUAACAGUAAGCUGUAAGCAGUUAGUUUUUAGCUGUUACCUGUAAACAGUAAGCUGUAAGCAGGUAGCUAUUAGCUUUUAGCUGUUAGCUGUUAGCUGUAAGCAGUUAGCUGUUAGUUGUUAGCUUUUAACUGUUCACAGUAAGCUGUAAGCAGUUAGCUAUUAGCUGUUAGCUGUAAGCUGUUAACCGUAAGCUUUAAUCAGUUAGCUGUUAGCUGUAAGCUAUUAACAGUAAGCUGUUAACAGUAAGCUGUAAUCAGUUAGCUUUUAGCUGUUAGCUGUAAACAGUAAGCUGUAAGCAGUUAGCUUUUAGCUAUUAGCUUUUAGCUGUUAGCUGUCAGCAGUUAGCAGUUAGCAUCUGGUGAACAGAGGUCCCAUAGCGUUACUUUAUGAUGCAUUCUUGAAUAUUGGGUGAAUAUAAAUCAUAACUUUAUUAUGAUAUGUUCCAAUGUCAACUUGUAAAACGUAAUUUGAAUUACACUUUUACAUUUACGUUACAUUUGAACGGUUUUCUCGGUUUUCUCAGCAAUUUACAAAGAUUUAAAGGAAAUUAUGACUUUCUAAACAAAAAAAACAUCUUCAAAUUGUUUUGUUUUUUACCGUGGCAUCGAGGAUCGUGAAAUCUGCUGGUAUUGGUGUCGACUGCUAAAUUGAUGGUAUUGUGACAUCCCUUAUUAGCCUACAUAUUGUCUAUUUCAUUUUCUACAUUUAAAGGACUUCCACGGAGCUCUUAAACUACAAAUGCAGUUCCUAUUUUCUGUUUCUAAAUUCUUCCUCAAGUUUUUUUUCCAGGCUUACUCAACAUCAAAUCUUGCUUCUAUCAAAUUAAAGUCACAUUUAUAUUUGUCUCACCUCCAUCUGGUGGCGUAUACCAUUGCGUAUACGUGAAACAAGGUAUUUGUAAUUUUAGUUAACAUCCAGAAAUGCCGGUUUUGUCCUCUUAAUUCCUCUAUAAUUGAUCGGUAUGUGUCUGAGAAUAAAACGUUAAAGUCUCAUAGAAACUAACUCAGCCCUGGUUCUUUUAACAUCAAUAAGAGUAUACAGUAUAUAGCAUAUAUUUUGAUAACUUCACUAAGUGUACUUUUUGGUUCUCUGGUUUUGUAGUGUGUGUGUUUUACUUUGUGCUCAGUCCAUGUGUGUGAAUACCUCCUGUUUUAAAAGUGUGUGAGGCUGACGGACGUUAGGGGGAAACAGGAGAGAAGGAGCAUCGGACAGAAUCCUAAUCUAACAGAAACUCACUGCAUGAAACUCUCUCUCAGUAUUCUCUCUUUUGUGUUUUUCAAUAUGUGUAUCUUCUUCUCAUCAGCAUGGAAAAUGCUUGAUAAUAAUGACAACUCUAUGAAUAUAAUAAAGAAUUUGGUGUUGUUUUUCUA